CGAAAAGAGAACGCUAGAGUUACGGACUUAUUACUACUACGAUACCUACGCAAUCGCCCGAUAGAGUAACGCCCAUCCGCUACCACAGGACAUCAAUAAAAAUUGGAGGGAGACCGGAAGCGGAAAGAGUAAAACAACAGAAAGAGGGACAAUAAUCGGUAGAAUGACAAAACAAGCUUUUCCCCCUCCCUACCUACAUGGUGCAACGAUAUUUCUGGACCCAUUCAAUUGGACGCCAGCCUCCCUUACAACUGGAUCGCAUAACUUAUCCGUGAACAUGGGUCCUACACUUCGGGUAACUGCUUUCUUAACGCUAUUCUUGUGCAGUGCAACACUGGAAUGGAACGCUCAUUCACUUUUACAACCUGGAACUUGUCCUCAGUCGAAGUCGAUGCCAUUCCUAGACAUUCAUCAGAUAACAGGGAGAUGGAUAAUACAACAACUUCCUUGGCCGUUUCCGCAGUGUUGUCGGCAACCAACUUUAAAUUUCGAGGAAGAAAUUCUGGAUCAGAAAAAAGUCAGUAACGAAACGCAGCCCGUUUGGAUUAGAAUGACAAUAGAUUUUCCAAGUUGUAAAAACGAACAAGAGACGUGGCAGCAUCCACUAAAUUGGCGUCUUUUGCAAAAUCGUAUGAAUGAAGGCAUCUUUCUGGUUAAACUACCCUGGCCCCUAGACGUUGUUGGUGUUGCUACGCUGAAUUUCGUUUCGACCGACUAUAAAAAAUUUGCAAUCGCAUACAUUUGCCAUAAUCUUCUUCUUGAACAUAUUACGAUUCCGUUCAUUAUGGUCCGGAUGCAGACUGAGCUAGACUUCACCUACUGGCAACGUAUGAAAUGGGCUUUGAUAAAACAAGGCGUCUUAUCUGCGUGGGCCCUUACGGAGACAAAGGGUCAAUGUAACGAAGUAUUCGAUUAUAGCGCUGAAGAUCUAUUUUACGAAAACCAUUCUAACAGCUCGGAUAACUACCCUGUCAAAGACUCGACCGAAUCAAGUUCUGCUGCUACAGCGGCAAUUAUUGAUGGGCUGAUUUUAAAGAAAGUUCAGCACGGCGGAGAUGAAAAAACUACGGAAAUUGCCGUUAUGGAUCCCGAUGCCGAGUGGAUAACGACAGAAAAUUUUCAGAAACCAGACUAUCCGCCUCAAAACAGCGGACUUUGGCCAGCCAUUUUAAUUGAAAAUGAGCCUGAGUCGGACCACGCAAUAGGCAAUCCCAAUAAGAUCCCUGCUGCUGAAAUAGCGCCACUGGUUGCGCCUUCGCUGGCCACAUCGGCUAGGAAUUAAGAAAAGCCAAACGCUACUAGGAAAGAAGAGUUGAAUGAGAUCAUCUUACCUGCAAUAUAUGAUCUACGUAGGAACUAUGUUGGCUCAUUACUUCCUUGACCUCCCACUGAACACGACUCAUCAAAUUUGUUAUGUGUUCUGAAUCAAGAUGCCUGUGGGCAACAAAACUGAAGAUCGGUGUUCGUAGAUCAUGAGCCACUGAUGUAAUCUGCAAGAGAUAUGGAAUAAAUGUGAGCGGAAACAGCAAGAUGAAAUAAGAUUUUAAAUUAAAAAUGAAACAAACUUGUGAAAAGAAUUGCUGGAGGAGAGAUUCUUUCGAUGAUGGAAUCAAAUCCAGGAGAUUGGGCCUCAGCAGCUCUAACUGAUGAGCAAGGAAAACAACUGAUUCGGCUGCUACUAAACGGAGUUUUAGCCCGUAAAAGUGAUUAGGAUGAUCCGUUUGCGUAGAAAGGCAGACUUUUGGACAUGACACUUUAUCACUGAGAGACGGCGAGAACGCUGCAGUAUCUUCGUGAGAGCCAGCGCUUCCUGGAGCGGCAGUUGAAAUUAAAGUCUCUUCGAUUUUCAGGAGAACAGCGCGAAGCUUUGGAGAAGUUGCAUCCUGUGGUGACGCAGCUCCAAACAGUUUAUAAACUGCAUACAAAUAAUAAUCAAACAAUUGGUUCAGGCAAAUCAGCACAUCGAACGCGAUUGUUUUCAACAAAUGCAUAAAAUGUA